CCGGAUGCCACGUCUGGCGAUUUAAAUAAAAAAAGAACCAAAUUUCUCUUUUAUGGCGUCAGUUAGGGUUGUCAGUUAACGCCGUGUGGAAAUUGGGUUUGGUGAAGCGAGGGUAUGAGCCGCUACGCCUUUCAUAUAUCCCUCCGCUAUUUUUUUGUCCCCUUUCAGACUGUUUUGGUCUAUUUGCUGUUAGCAACGGAAAGAACCCGAGAUAGCAGUAAACCCUAUUUUGAGAUAAUCUAGUUUUUUGUUAGAACUACAUAACAUACUGACACGUGGUCUAGCACCUACGUUUGUUUAAGAAGAGUGAUUGGCACGCGUUGUCUUUUUAAAUUAUUAUUAUUAUUUUGUUUUAAUAGCAAUUGUACAUAUUGCUAAUUUAGCUAACAGCCAGCUAGCUUCUUAGCAUCUAGCAUAGCAUCCUCCUUUAGGAGGCACGUUGACAUUAGCCUGCCAACUAACCAGACAGAUUUUAGGAUCGCCAACGUUAGCGAGCUGUCACACAAUCCCACACCGUCUUGUCGUCAAGAAAUUCCGGCGUGAAGCUGAUCAUUUUAAGACGUCGUCUUUUAUGGGAUCACCAUGUCAAUGAAGGCCGGUGGAAAUCGCAGUAAGCCCGGCGGUGGCAGCGCCGCUGGUGCCCCUGCCUCUGGUGCCGGAGGAAGCGGCGGGGGAAGACCGAAUCUGGGCAGGGGAAGACACAGUGGUAAAGGUCCCACAGCAGUAAUUUUCAACGGUGUAUAUGCAAAUAUGAGGAUGGUCCAUGUUUUGACUUCAGUGGUGGGGACCAAGUGUGAGCUGAAAGUGAAAAAUGGUGCAGUCUUUGAAGGAGUAUUCAAAACAUACGGUCCAGAGUGUGACCUGGUGUUGGAUGCAGCCCACAGAAAAAGCCCAGAGCUGAGCAUAGGCCCCAGGAAAGAGGAUAUUGUGGAGAGCAUAAUAUUCAAGGCCUCAGACGUGGUAGUUGUGACCUUCAAAGAUGUGGACCUGAGUUUCGCCAAGAAAGUCUCCACUGAUACAGACAAUUUUACCGACACAGCAGUGAGUGGUAAGAUCAAUGGCGAGCAUAAAGAGAAAGAUCUGGAACCGUGGGAUGGAGGAGAGACCCACAACUCAGACAGCCUUGAGUCUCUGGACACGGAUGUGAUGCUCCCUCUCUGUUUCCAUCAGUCAAAUGGUUGGGACCCAAAUGACAUGUUCAAGUACAAUGAGGAGAAGUAUGGAGUGUUGUCUACAUAUGACAGCAGCUUGUCCACAUAUACGGUCCCACUAGAGCGGGACAACUCCGAGGAGUUCCUCAAGAGGGAGGCGCGUGCUGCCCAGCUGGCAGAUGAGAUUGAGGCCAGUGCUGCGUAUAAGGCACGUGUUGCCCUAGAGAAUGAUGAACGGUCCGAGGAGGAGAAAUACACUGCUGUGGUGCGAGGGGAACGGGAGACUCACACACUCAAUAGCAGAGAGAACAAGUACAUUCCUCCAGGUCAGAGGAACAGGGAAGCAAUGUCAUGGGGACCUGGCCGUCAGAAUUCACCUCGCCUGUCUCAGAGCUCCGCUGGGCCCUCAGCUCCUCGACCCGGGCCUCAUGACUACAGUCCCAACUCUGGGGCUGACCAGAGGGUUGUUAAUGGAGGUUCAUCCCAUUGGCCCUCACCCUGUCCAUCUCCUUCCUCCCGCCCCCCCUCUCGUUACCAGUCUGGCCCCUCCUCCCUGCCUCCUCGGGCAACCACGCCCACCCGGCCACCCUCCAGACCCCCUUCUCGUCCUUCCAGGCCUCCCUCUCAUUCAUCCCACCCCUCCUAUCCCUCCUCCUCAUCCUCCUUUCCCCACCAUGGGCCCACCUCGCCAGCCUCCACUCUGCCCAAACGCAUGUCUUCAGAAGGUCCACCGAGGAUGUCUCCGAAAUCCCAGCGGACACCUCGUACUCACAGAGUGCCACCUUCCCGGACCACUGGUAUUCCUCCAGGAGUGGACUUAAUUUCCCACAAUGCUCCUGGAGAGAUUCCAGUGUCUGCACCAACUAGGAGCAACUCUUCUGGAGGGACAUGGUCUUCAGUGGUGAGCGGAGCUCACAGACCUCGCUCCCCUCGACAGAACAACAUGGGUGGAGCCUCCACUGGCUCCUCCUCUCUUCCUUCUCCUCAGACGGGAACUGCUCCCAUGGAAACUGUUGCUACACCAAUAUCAGCUUCUUCUACUGCUGCUAGCUCUGCUCCCAAUAUGGUCGCCUCUCCGUCCGGAGAUGCAAAAGAGUGUCGGGUUCAGGAGGGAAGACAAACAUCCCCCACAGCAAACAAGGAGAACAUUAAGCCCUUAGACAGCUCACCUAGUAUCACCAGACCAGUCUGUAAAGGACCACCUUCUAUGGCACCAGAUCACAGAAAACAAAUAGAUAAUUUAAAGAAAUUUAGUGUUGAUUUUAGGUUGCAGUCUAGUUCAAAUCCAGAUCCUACCUUUGACCAGAUGAUGACCAAGCCACCCAGAGAUCCAGCAGAGAAGCCUAAAGACCUUCCUCUGGACAAAGUGUCCACAGUGGGACGGGAUAGCACUGAGGAGGCUGUUGUCGUGAUUGCUGCUGGCGCCCCUGGUGGUGCCCCUGUUCCAUCCAACACCACCAUCACAAACACCAGUAAACCUGGCAGCCCUGCUGCACUGUCCCCAUCUCCCUCAGCCCCGGACCAAAAGAGGGCAGGGCUGGAUGUGACAUCGCAGGGAGUUCAGACAACAGCCACGUCCACAUUCAGUGGACCCAAGCAUGAAGAGAAGGAGGAGAAAAAGGAGGCCGUACAAGAUCAAGUAAGAAAAUCAACCCUGAACCCAAAUGCCAAUGAGUUCAAACCCAGGUUCAACACACAGCCCAAACCAGCCAACACCCCAACACCCCCACGGCCUCAGGGCCAGCCCAGCCCCUCCAUUGUUGUCCAGCAGCCCCAGGCGGUCUAUGGCCAGACUGUCUGCUUCCCCCAAAUGUAUCCGCUCACACCGGUCAGCCCCGGAGUUCAGAAAAGCAUAAUAUGGAAGUCUCCAGCCAUGUACCAGGUCCAGAUGCCUCAUAUGGUCAGCCAGUCUAAACCUUACAGACCAGGUAAAGUUCCCAACAUGCCCCAGCAGAGGUCAGACCAGCACCACCCACCAGGAACACCCACUAUGAUGCACCCGGCAACAGCAGCAGGACCACCUAUUGUAGCACAAAGCCCCGCCUACUCUGCCCAGUACUUCACGUGCAGUCCACAGCAGUUCACCAGUCAGCCGCUGGUCCAGCAGAUGACUCAUUACCAGUCACAGGCGCAGCAUGUGUUCAGUCCAGUCAUGCAGGGAAGUGCUCGAAUGAUGGCGCCUCCCACACACGGCCAACCCGGCCUCGUCUCUUCCUCGACUACACAGUACCCAGAGCAGACACACACCAUGUAUGUGUCUCCAGGGCCAAUGCCUCAGCAGUACCCCCACCCCACCGCCACCUUGCACCCUCACCCACAGCACCCACAGCCCUCUGCCACGCCUACAGGCCAAGGCCAGCAGGGUGGUCCCCCACAGCAUGGAGGUCCUCCGAACCAUCCAGCUGCGAGCCCAGUCCAGCACCCGCAGCAUCCGCAGGCAGCAGCAGGACUUACAGAUGUUCGGCUUCAUACUAAAAUGUUUUUGCAUGUAGCAGCAGCAGCAGCCCAGGCCCUCCACCUGGCUAACCAGCCUCCACAGCAGCAGAUGUACUCAGCCUUGGCCCCCACGCCCCCCUCCAUGACCCCGGGGCCCAAUCCUCAGUCUCCACAGGCAUCUUUCCCUACUGCCCAGCAGACUGUCUAUAUACACCCUCAGCAGGUGCAGCAUGGCUACAACCCCAACCACAUGGCCCACGUGCAGCAGGCCCAUAUGCAGUCUGGUAUGGUACCGUCUCACCACCCAGGAGCCACCCACCCUCCGAUGAUGCUGAUGGCGACUCAGGCUCCUCCUGGUGGUCCACAGCCACAGAUGCCUCAGACCGCCCUCAACCCCAUCCCUGUUUCCUCUACCACACAUUUCUCCUACCUGGCACAUCCACAAGUGCAGCCUCAUCAUCAGCAGCAGCUGUAGACAGAGGGCGCCAGUGAGCUGAGGGACCCCGACCCCCCCACCACCGUUCUGCGUCGUCGCACUUCUCCACCAGAGCCUUCAUAACCAGGGCGAGGAAGAGUACGAGAGCCCUUCCUCUCAUCUCUGCCGUCCCCCACCACCACCA